AACAAUGAAUGCUUAUGUGAGAAUACACAGCUGCUAUCGGUUUGGUCAGUUUGUCCGAACGCAUUCACUGAGCACCGCACGCCUCCAUGCACCACCACACGUCCAGAGCCCGACGUGGAGACGUGCAGAAGCCAAACAACAUGAAGCAGACAAACCAACCAACCAACCAACAUGCCAGCAGUGCCACUUCAUCCCAUGCCACCACCUCCCUCCCGCCAUCCCGCCUUCCCACCCUCGCACACACAGACGUACAUACACACAACAUGGGUUCCUACCUAAAUCGGCAUAUAUCAGAAAGCUGCCCUAGCUAGCUACGUGCGUCAGUCACACAGCGGGAAGACAACACAUGUAUGGAAAAAAGUGCCUCGUGUCCGGAUGGAUGAUGGAUGGAUGGAGGAGUAAGUGGGGUAAGUACAACGCGUACAGGCACAGACAGGACUUACUUACAGGACUGCUGCAGGCAAGGGAGGCAAAAAAGGCGCCUGCCUUUGCUUCGAUCGAAUCGUGUUGGUGACCCAAAAACAACAACACAAGAUAGACAGACACAUGGAUGGGAUGGGAUGGGAUGCCAAUCAAGUAACCUACCCACGUGGGCAGAGAAAGACACGAAAUGAACUGCUGUGUGUGUGGUGUCUGUAUGUCUGUCUGUCAUGAUCGGUUCUGUAUGACGAAAGACCGACACACGACACGCGGCACAGCACGGCCUGCCUCGAUAUACACCCGAUUGUCGGCCACACUGCGAAGCUCCGCACCACUAUGAGCGAAGUGACAGUCUCGCCCAAAGUUGCAGCGCACGUGGUACCGGCACAUGCGGGUAUUGUAAAGCUCUCCGGGGCCUGCCAUGCCAUGCAUACACACACACAGAUGGAUGCACACAUAACUAACACCCGUGCAAGUGAUGAGUACUGACUGCAUAGCUUGUACCCUUUGCCGGUCGUCGGAUGGGUGUACGCGUCGUCAGCGGCGGGAUCAUGUGAGGCGGAGGUAGCGUCGGGGGCCGCAACCAUGCACUGGAUGACGGCGUGCUUACCGAGCUCGACGGCGUGCUUACCGAGCUCCUCAGUGCAGGAAACUCGACCGCGUAUCUGUAGCUGCAGCGACGCGGCACCUGUGCAGGCAGGCCGUCACAGAACACGCAUAUAUAUGCAGACAAAUACUCCAACCGACAGCCAGGCACGCACUCCCUCCCUCAAAAGUCACCUGUCGAUGGACGGUUCGUGGAGGAGGUGAGGGUGGAGGCGAGUCGAAGUCCAUGUCCAUCGACGACAGACGCAUGUAGACGAAGGGGUUGGUGUCGUCGGUCUCGUCUCGCUCAACACGGGUGCGGGCGAUGCGGCCGCUCGCCGCAUGCUGCUUGCGGCAGUACGGGCAUUUGCCUUGGCUGUCGAUGCAAAUCUGACACACACAGCGGGCAGACAGACAGACAGACGGACAUACAGUCAGUCAGAUGGGACUGAGUACUCAUCAGCUCACCUUAUGGCAGCCCUUGCAGAUGGCCUGUGAGCAGCAUGACGUCACCGUCCUCACAGAGUCUCCGUCGCCUGCCCGGCCGUCCGCCUUCUGGUACGCCUCUCCACAGAUGGGACAAGACUCCUCGCUGCUCGCCGCCGAGGUGUGGGUGAUCACGGGGUUGGGCGAUUGGACGCUGGCAUGGCUGCUGCUCGACUGGGAUACUCCCAUGCUGCAUGCGCUGCCAGAUCUCACCCCCAACAAUCAGUCAAAGCCGCGUGAAAAAAAG